AUGGAGAAAGAUCUUUGGGAUGAGAUUCAAAAUUUAGCACUAGGGAGAGAAGAUCCAGAGCUCCUUAUCCCAAACUCAGAUUACGAAGAUGUCCUAGCAAGUAACAGGCUUAGCUUGAUAGCUCGACCACUUAAUCCUGUGGAUCAGAAUCUGUUUGAAGUGGCGGCUAACCUUCCUACAGCAUGGGGACUAGCAUCUUCGGUUCAUGGCAGAGUUCUCGAUGACCGUUUUGUCCAGUUUCGAUUCCAGUCUGAAAGAGAUCUGACAUCAGUACUACGUCGGGAAUCAUGGAGCUUUCAUAGAUGGUUUGUUGCCUUGCAAAGGUGGGAUGACUUACCUCGUUUGGAUUUCUUAACCUCUUUAGAUCUUUGGGUUCAAAUCAGGGGUCUUCCUAUCUCCUAUGUUUCUGCUAAAACUAUACGCAGAAUAGCUCGAUCCCUAGGGGAAUUAGUGCAGGUGGACUUUGAAGAUUCAGUUACCAACCAGAUUUCAUUCCUCCGAGUGAAAAUCAGGGUUUCCAUAACUGAUCGCUUUAGGUUUUUUAGAAGGGUGAGAUUUCAAACAGGUGACAGAGCCAUGCUAGGAUUUCAGUACAAGAAGAUGGAAAAAAUAUGUACUAAUUGCUGCAGGAUUAUGCACCCUACCUCUCGAUGCCCCUUUGAGCCUACCAAUCCACAUCAUUACAACAACCAAGAUGAUCAAGCUCAUCAAUGGAUAAAUGAUGGAAUCGAGGAUCCGGAUUCAGCCCCUAUCUCCCAACAAUCAAGUCCUGUUGCUCAAGUUCCCGUCUUCGUUCAUGAGAGCCAACCUCCUCAUCCCAAGAAACGAGCAGGUCCUUACUUUGCCUUAGUCUUUCCCCACUUUGAGCUCUCGGGCAAAGAUGAGUCCAUUGGAUCAAAUCUCGAAGGAGGAUCUCCUCCCAAGAUGCAGUCUAAGUAUGAAGUAGGAGAAUGCUCAAAAAGAAGACUGAAUGUUAACCCAAAGAAGGAACUCCCAAUGAAGAAGAGAGCAAGUUUUCCGGACCAUGACAGAGAAGCUAAUCAUCAAACACCUAACCCUCCUUGA